AAAUCAUCUUGACAGAUAGAGGCACUGAAUUUAACAACCAAUGGGUAAAUGAGCUAUGCAAGGAUUGGCAAACCAAACAUCGAUUAACUUCACUGUAUAGGCCUCAAACGAAUGGAAUGGUAGAAAGAUUCAACAGAACUAUAGGUGAAUAUUUGGUGAAACUCUCUGAAGAAAAGGAAUGGGAUCAAUGUAUUGAAGCA